AUGACCGACGGUGAAGAUAAUCAAGUGAAGGCCGAUCAUGGUGUAGUCGAGGAGGAAAUACAAGCGACCGACAAUAAUCAUCGGUCGAGAAACCUAAAGGAGAGGAAAAUUUCGUGGGCGAAACUCCGUCGAGUGGAUUCCCUCCACUUGGAAGCCGGUCGAGUAUCUCAUACUCCAUCGCACGCUUCCGAUGUAAGCUGGCAAAGAACGUUGAGUUUGGCUUUUCAAUGCAUAGGAGUGAUUUAUGGUGAUAUUGGAACUUCUCCUUUAUAUGUUUUCUCGAGCACAUUUCCCGAUGGACUCGGGUCCAGACCAACGGAAGAUCUUCUUGGAGUUCUUUCCUUAAUCAUUUACACCAUCAUUCUUAUUCCCGUACUCAAGUACGUUCUUAUUGUCUUGCGUGCCAAUGAUAAUGGCGACGGGGGGACUUUUGCGUUGUACUCGUUGAUAUGUCGCUACGUGAAAGUAAGUUUGAUACCGAACGAUCAACCCGAGGAUCGGGAGGUGUCAAAUUACAGUUUGGAUCUAGCCUCUAACCAGCUUCAAAGGGCUCAAAGGAUAAGGAAAAAACUCGAGAGUAAGAAGAGUGCUCAGAUCGGGCUCUUCGUAGUCACUAUUCUUGGAACCUCAAUGGUUAUCGGAGAUGGGAUCUUGACACCUUGUAUUUCAGUUCUUUCGGCUGUAAGCGGGAUUAAGGCUUUGAGCACAGAUGUUAUAAUGUGGAUUUCAAUAGUAAUUUUGGUACUUCUCUUUUGCGCUCAACGAUUGGGGACGGACAAAGUGGGAUAUACCUUUGCUCCUAUAGUAUGCAUUUGGUUCUUGUUCAUUUCCGGGAUUGGACUCUACAAUUUGUUUAAACACGAUAUCACUGUUUUGCGUGCUUUCAACCCUAAAUACAUCAUCGAUUACUUCAAAAGAAAUGGCAAGAAAAGUUGGGUUUCUCUAGGCGGAGUUAUUCUUUGCGUUACCGGAACUGAAGCCAUGUUUGCGGAUUUGGGACAUUUCAACAUUCAAGCUGUUCAAAUGAGCUUCUCCGGUGUUGUGCUUCCUUCUAUAUUGACUGCUUAUUGUGGGCAAGCUGCCUAUCUAGUCAAAUUUCCCGAAAACGUCGGAAAUACUUUCUAUGCCUCCAUUCCAGGUCCACUAUAUUGGCCAACAUUUGUGGUGGCUGUGGCGGCAGCCAUUAUUGCCAGCCAAGCUAUGAUAUCAGGAGCAUUUGCAAUUAUAUCUCAGUCACUCAGCUUAGGUUGUUUUCCAAGAGUUAAGGUUAUUCAUACUUCUGAAAAGUAUGAAGGCCAGGUUUAUAUUCCUGAGGUCAACUAUAUCCUUAUGAUCGCAUGUGUAAUCGUCACUCUCGCCUUUAAAACCACCCAAAAGAUUGGAAAUGCAUACGGCAUUGCGGUCGUGGCUGUGAUGAUCAUAACAACAUGUUUGAUAACGCUCAUAAUGUUAGUAAUAUGGAAGACGAACAUAUGGUUGAUUAUUGCAUUCUUCGUGGUGUUCUUCUCUAUCGAGUGUUUGUAUUUCUCGUCUGUCCUAUACAAGUUUGUCCAGGGAGGUUUCUUCCCAUUCGCUUUUGCGAUUGUGCUGAUGAUGAUCAUGGGAACGUGGCAUUACGUGCACAAGAAGAGGUAUGAGUUUGAGCUAGAAAACAAGAUUUCAAACGAACGCAUGAAGCAAAUAGUACAAAACCCUAACGUAAAUCGAGUGCCCGGUAUUGGAUUAUUGUAUUCCGAGCUAGUGCAAGGCGUUCCUCCGAUCUUUACUCACUUCAUCGAUAACAUCCCAUCCAUCCAUUCCGUGCUAAUUUUUGUUUCGAUAAAAUCGCUUCCCAUAAGCAAGGUGGCAAUGGAAGAGAGGUAUGUGUUUCGACAAGUUGAACCAAUAAAUUAUCGCAUGUAUCGAUGUGUAGUGAGGUACGGGUACAAGGAUUCGAUCGAACAACCAAACGAGUUCGAGAGGCAACUCGUGGACAACCUAAAGGAAUUCAUCAGGCAUGAAUACUUCAUUCGUGAGGGAGGAGGUGCGCCAAACAUGGAAGAUAAUGUUGGAGUACCGAAAACACAACAUAAAGGGGCCAAUAACAUUGUACAUGUUGAAGAGACGCUAGACGCGACAACUCAAAAUAGUCGGGCUUCAUCAGAACGUUCCAUACGUUCAUUGGAUAACAAUGGCAUCGUGCACGCGUCAAUCGAGGGUAUUCAAGAAGAGAUGGACUUUGUUCAAAGGGCUCGUGACAAUGGUGUCGUCUACCUUUUGGGGGAAGCGGAAGUUCGUGCUAAAGAAAACUCGAGCUUUUUUAAGAAGUUUGUAGUGAACUAUGCGUAUGGAUUCUUAAGGAAGAACUCAAGGCAAGGGGAGAAGGUGUUGGAGAUACCUAGGACUAAACUUCUAAGGGUUGGAAUGACUUACGAGAUUUGAUGAU